AUGUACUACUUGCCUGUACCCAAUGCAGUGUCUUCACUGACAGAUGACCUGCUCAAGUACUAUCAGCAAGUAACACGGGCUGUGCUAGGGGAUGACCCACAGCUGAUGAAGGUGGCUCUGCAGGACCUUCAGACAAACUCCAAGAUCGCCGCGCUCCUGCCUUACUUUGUUUAUGUGGUCAGUGGGGUGAAGUCUGUAAGCCAUGACCUAGAGCAGCUGCACAGGCUGCUGCAGGUGGCACGUAGCCUGGUUCGGAACCCACACCUCUGCCUGGGGCCCUACGUCCGCUCCCUAGUGGGCAGUGUCCUCUACUGUGUCCUCGAGCCAUUAGCUGCCUCCAUCAAUCCCCUGAAUGACCACUGGACUCUGAGGGAUGGAGCUGCCCUCCUACUCAGCCAUAUCUUCUGGACUCAUGGGGACUUGGUGAGUGGCCUCUAUCAGCAGAUCCUGCUUUCCCUGCAGAAGGUCCUGGCAGACCCUGUGCGGCCUCUCUGCUCUCACUAUGGUGCUGUGGUCGGGUUGCAUGCUCUUGGCUGGAAGGCAGUAGAACGAGUACUGUACCCACAUCUGUCCACUUACUGGACAAACUUGCAGGCAGUGCUGGAUGAUUAUUCGGUGUCUAAUGCCCAGGUCAAGGCAGAUGGCCACAAAGUGUAUGGGGCCAUUCUGGUGGCCGUAGAGCGACUGCUUAAGAUGAAGGCCCAGGCAGCUGAGCCCAGCCGCGGCGGGCCUGGGGUCCGGGGCUGCCGGCGACCGGACGAGCUGCCGUGGGCCAGCCUUCUCCUGCAGGAGUCGCCGUCGGGGGGCGGCGCAGAACCAGGCUUUGGGCCGGGCCUUCCGCUGCCGCCGGGAGGCGCGGGCCCGGAAGACCCGACUCCCUCCGUGACCCUGGCGGACACCUACCGGGAGCUCUACGCCUUCUUCGGCGACAGCUUGGCCACCCGCUUCGGCACCGGCCAACCCGCGCCCGCGGCCCCGCGGCCGCCCGGGGACAAGAAGGAGCCGGCUGCCGCCCCAGACUCGGUGCGCAAAAUGCCGCAGCUGACGGCCAGCGCCAUGGUCAGCCCGCAGGGUGACGAGAGCCCCCGGGGCGACUUCUUCAGUGGUAGCUGUCCCUUGUAUGGGGGGGUGGCUUUUGUGAAUGGCACCUCCCUGGCUUUAUCCUGCCCCUCAGCUCCAUCCCUCUGCUACUUUGUGAGUGGGACUUCCGGCUUCCUGGCUCUCUAUUGCCUCCUGCUUCUGAUCUGGAUCUCCUGCAGCUGCAUCAAGAAUUUCAACAGCUGUCCAAUAGGGGUCUACAUUGGAUUGCCCAUCUCGGCUAUUGCAGCCUUCCUGGUUUUAGUGACUGCCUGUGUCCUUCGAUAUGGUACCAGCUCUCUCUGUGAUUCCAUCAUCUCCCAGAAGCAUACAAUUAGCUGUUCUGAAGCCCAGAAAAUCCCGUGGACACCCCCUGGAAUGGCUCUGCGGUUUUAUUCCAACCUACAUAAUGCUGAAACCUCUUCUUGGGUGAAUCUGGUAUUGUGGUGUGUGAUCCUAGUGCUCCAGAUCAUACAGUGCAAUCUCAAAUCCAGCCAGUAUGAGCCUUUAGAGAAUAAUGGCCCUCAAGGAACUGCGAGAGAGAUUUUCAUUGAGUCACACACAUCGACCUGGAUGACUGAAGACUGGCCUGAAUGGACCUUGAAUUUCUGAUCACCUAUGUGCCUUUUGCAGCCAGACUACCGCUAACAAUCCUUGUCUAUGCUGGGAGCCCGUUUUUCCCUCAUCAGAGAAAUGUGACAGACACCCCCUACUUCCAAUAGCUGUUUUGUACCAAAAUAUGACAUUGCCUUUUUGUUGUUGUUGUCAGUCUGACAACAAACUGGGGCCUGAACUCUGGA